GCGCCGCCGCCGCUCCCGAGGCCGCCGCUGCUGCCGUCGCCGCGCAGAGCCGGAGCAGGAGCCACGGCCGAGAGGAGGGAGGAGGAGGCGGAGGAGGUGGAGGAGGCGCCGGACCCAGGGGGAUAGAUUCCCAGAAGUGGGAUAACUGGAUCAGAGGGUGAUUACCCUGUGUAUAAGAGUGUGUGUCUCACUGCACCUUCAAUGGCAUUGAGUAGAUUAUCAGUAUUUAAACUGUCCACAUCAUGCGUGAGUACAAGCUAGUGGUCCUUGGUUCAGGAGGCGUUGGGAAGUCUGCUCUGACAGUUCAGUUUGUUCAGGGAAUUUUUGUUGAAAAAUAUGACCCAACGAUAGAAGAUUCCUACAGAAAGCAAGUUGAAGUAGAUUGCCAACAGUGUAUGCUCGAAAUCCUGGAUACAGCAGGGACAGAGCAAUUUACAGCAAUGAGAGAUUUAUAUAUGAAGAAUGGCCAAGGGUUUGCACUAGUAUAUUCUAUUACAGCUCAGUCCACAUUUAAUGACUUACAGGACCUGAGGGAACAGAUUUUACGGGUUAAGGACACAGAAGAUGUUCCAAUGAUUUUGGUUGGCAAUAAAUGUGACCUGGAAGAUGAGCGAGUAGUUGGCAAAGAACAGGGCCAGAAUUUAGCAAGACAGUGGUGUAACUGUGCCUUUUUAGAAUCUUCUGCAAAGUCAAAGAUCAACGUUAAUGAGAUAUUUUAUGACCUGGUCAGACAGAUAAAUAGAAAAACACCCGUGGAAAAGAAGAAGCCUAAAAAGAAAUCAUGUCUGCUGCUCUAGGCCCGUAGUCAGCAGCAGCUCUGAGCCAGAUUACAGGAAUGAAGAACUGUUGCCUAAUUGGAAAGUGCCAGCAUUCCAGACUUCAAAAAAUAAAUCUAAAGAGGCUUCUCCUGUUUUAUAUAUUAUGUGAAGAAUUUAGAUCUUAUAUUGGUUUGCACAAGUUCCCUGGAGAAAAAAAAUUGCUCUGUGUAUAUCUCUUGGAAAAUAAGACAAUAGUAUUUCUCCUUUGCAAUAGCAGUUAUAACAGAUGUGAAAAUAAAUAUACUUGACUCUAAUAUGAUUAUACAAAAGAGCAUGGAUGCAUUUCAAAUGUUAGAUAUUGCUACUAUAAUCAAAUGAUUUCAUAUUGACCUUUUUAUCAUGAUUCCUCCCUGUCAAGCACUAAAAAAGUUGAACCAUUAUACUUUAUAUCUGUAAUGAUAUAGAUUAUGAAAUUUCCCCUCAAACUCAUUGCAGCAGAUAACUUUUUUGAGUCAUUGACUUCAUUUUAUAUUUAAAAAUUAUGAAAUAUCAUGUCAUUAUAUUCUAAUUAAAAUUGUUUGUGCAUAAUGCUUUGGAAAAAUGGGUCUUUUAUAGGAAAAAAACUGGGAUAACUGAUUUCUAUGGCUUUCAAAGCUAAAAUAUAUAAUAUACUAAACCAACUCUAAUAUUGCUUCUUGUGUUUUACUGUCAGAUUAAAUUACAGCUUUUAUGGAUGAUUAAAUUUUAGUACAUUUUCA